GAAAGCUCUCAGAGGAACGAAGUUUCCCCUCCACGCUGAUGGAGCGAGGAACCUCCGGAAGAAUACUGACCGCUGCCUUCAGGAAGGCAUCCGCUGGAGGAAAGAGUAAAAUCUGAGACCCAGCAGCCUGCUCACCCUGGGACAGACACUGAUUGGCCAACGCAACCUGACCAGACAGAAGAUAGAGGCUGAGACGACUGAAGAUGCUGCUGAGAGACGGGAUGGUGAUGAAACUGUAGGCAGCACACGCCUGGAGGAGAGAGGCACAGGAACAACUGGUCACACUGAUAACUGUUCCUGUGGGAACGUACGGGGGCCCGCAGUGAUCAGACGCGUCGACUCACCCUGACGAACGCCGCUGUUUUUCGGGAGUGACUCCCUCUCAUCACCCUCCUGGUCUCCAUCGCCAGCUGGUUCACCGUCUGGAAACGACAAGAUAAGACAUCGGUCGGAGAAGUCUCACCAUGCGGAUGAAGCCGAUGAUCAGCAGAGCCAAAGAUCUUUUCUCAUCCUCCAGAGUGAGAGCGCUGCAACACAGAGAGCAGAGGGGUUUACUGACUGAGGACUGCCGCUGGGCAUGAGAGACAACAGCUAUGGAGGUGUUCUCAGUCGCUGGGUUACCUGGAUGACAAUCUUCAGGGCUUUGACUUUCUGGUCGGAGGCCCAGGCUUCCUUCAGGGACUGGUUCAGCUCCUCAAUGCGGUUGGCAUAAUCCUGCUGGGAGAGGUUCAGCAGCUCUCUCUGGGAACCCUGAAGAGACACACACACAUUAACAAGCAGAGUGUGUAGGAGAGGAGGAGGAGGAGGCAGCGGCGGCUGUGGUGGCAUGCGUAUGGGCAGCAGCUGGAGGUGGCAGCUCUCCCGGGCCAUGCGACUCGCGCUGCGCUGGUGCCGGCUGUGCCGCUCGCAGAGAGGACGGCGAGGCGGGGGGAGCAAACCGUGGAUCAGCGGGAGGUUGUUGGAGCUGUGGAGUUACAGCAAGCUGCUGCUGAAGUCACUGUAUUACAACAGCCUCAGCAACUCAGACACUGUGCUGGACUGUGUGUUCGAACCCGUCUACUGGAUUGUGGACAACGUGACCCGCUGGUUCGGAGUGGUGUUUGUGUGUCUGGUCGUCCUCCUGACCACCUCAGUGGUGGUCAUCGUCUACCUGUUCAUCCUACCCACGAUCCUCAGCACCUACCCUGCGCACUGGGCCGUGUGGCACCUCUGCUGUGGCCACUGGCUUCUCGUCAUGGUGGUCUUCCACUACUACAAGGCCACCACCACCUCUCCGGGACACCCGCCCAAGGACAAAAUUCACAUUCCCUCAGUGUCCAUCUGUAAGAAGUGUAUCACUGCCAAACCGCCCAGGACGCACCACUGUAGCAUCUGCAGCGUGUGUGUUCUGAAGAUGGACCACCACUGUCCCUGGUUGAAUAACUGUGUGGGCCAUUUCAACCAUCGCUACUUCUUCUCCUUCUGCCUCUACAUGACUCUGGGCUGCAUCUACUGCAGCAUCAGCAGCAGGGAGCUGUUCCUGGAGGCGUACAAUGCUAUAGAGAGUUAUUAUCAGACCCCACCUCCUGACUACACCUUCAGAGAAACCACUGCUCACAAGAGUAUCAUCUUCCUCUGGGUGCUGACCAGCUCAGUGGCGGUAGCUCUAGGAGGACUCACCCUGUGGCACGCCACGCUCAUCAGCAGAGGAGAGACCAGCGUGGAACGCCACAUCAACCGCAAAGAGACCAAAAGACUCAAGGAGAAGGGCAAGGCGUUCAGAAAUCCACACCAUCACGGUAGAAUGAACAACUGGAGGUUACUGUUCGGUGUGGAGGAAAGAAGUCACUGGUUCACACGGGUCAUGUUACCCUCCAGCCAUCUUCCCAGUGGGGACGGCAUCAUGUGGGACUGCACCUUCACCAGGAGGGACCCUAUGGCCAUCUGACCUUUGCCCAUUCAUUAUUUUUUUAAGUAUCAGAAACCUUUUAUCAUGUGUUUACACCACAGGCAGCGUGUCUGGUGUAUCGCACUGACCAGCUAAAGAAAGCACAAGAAGCUCCCUCUCCAACUGAAUGUGUAUGGAAAUAACCACUAGUGAUUCCUCAAAAGCCCUUUCAUCCUCUCAGACUGUCCACCUGUCUAACUGUAGACCUCACCACCAGCCGACUUCGCCCUGCGACUGCUGUGCUGUGGACCGACUCGGUUUAUAACAGGCGCUGCUGGCCAGCAUUGUUGUGAAGCUCAAACCUCUUUCUCACAACCAUUUGUAAAGAGACGACAAUGAAUAUUUGUGCAUUUUAACGCACCAGCAUGAUGGAUGUGGGCAAAGCAUUAUGGGAGGCACAGGAGACCUUCACAGAGGCUCACUGAGGAGUGAGUUACAGCAUCUUUAAAGUGCUGUGUGUUGCAUUUUCUAAAUAUUAAUACAACGCAUUGUAGACUGACGACCUGUUCAGGGUGUACCCCGCCUCUCACCUAAAGUCAGCCGGGAUUGGCUCCAGCCCGCCCCCAUGACCCUGAAGAGGAUAAGCGGUAUAGAUAAUGUAAACCAUCUAAUUUCAGUAGUAUUGUUAAUUCUUUCAAAUUCAUGCUACAUUUCCCAGAGGCUCUGUUUGUGGUUCUCUGUCUUUCACCUAAAGAGGUGAAAAGAUGAUGAAAUUCAAAACAUAGCAUCUUUAAUAACUGACACUGUAUCGAUCCCUGACAGGUUUAGUCAGGGAUCUGAGCCUAGACCUUGCCUGCUUGUUUGAGAAAUGUUCUAGUUUUGAUUACUGUGUUUAUGUGUCUUAGGCGGGGGACAAACCCAGGUGUUUCUUACUGUAAGGGGGAGGCAAGGCAAAUAUUUCAAUACUAACUUUUGAUUUUGUUGGAUAAAUGUCCCGUGAUUAUUUAAAUAAUCGUCGUUUGGUUUUAUCGUGUACCGAUGUGCAUGUUUACAUCUGUGGUGUUCUGUGGUCGUGUUUUGGAGAGCGUGCUGAUGAGCCGCUGGACUGAACUGAUGCUCUGGUGCCAAAGAAGACCAAAAAAAAAACAAAAAAAAACAAGAGUUUGAUUCUUAAAUUCCUGACUUGAACCUUUAAAAUCUUCUGAUAGAUCGUGCCUUGUUUGGGGUGUUCAGCCUUUAAAUCGAGGCACUUUAAAUAAGUGAUAAAAGGCACUGUGAAUUCCCUUUUAAAUUUCACCCCAACGUGUUCAUAUCUGUAACUGUAAUGAUGGAUGAGCUGGAUCUGUAGUUGCCAUAGAAACAUGACAUUUAGCUGUGAUAUCAGUUGUAAUGAGCUGGAGCUGUGCUCCAGUUUGAUUUAUUGUCUUUUUUUUAAUAAAAAGUGUUA